UAGGAGGUGGAUUUUUUUGCUCCACUCAUUUCUCCUGAAGGAUGAGAUCCCUGACACACCUCAAACAUCACUCCAGGAACAAUGUGGAGGAGGAGAGCAGCCGCUUGGUGCGAACCUACCCUAAGAUGACUGAGAGCCAAGUGGAUGUGGGCACACAGACCGAGCCUGUGGUGGUGCUAUCUCUGGCUCAGGCAGCUGUGCUUGGUCUCAUCUCCCAGAAUGAAAUAUUUGGGGCCACAAUUGCCCCGAACGGCUUUUACACUGGGGAGACCAGGGAGUGUCCCCCUCCGCCCCCCGAGGCAAUGGAGUACGAGUAUGCUGACCAGCUGAUAGGAGCCAAUGGAGACUACCUGCCUGAGCCGGCUGAGGAGCCGGAGCCCCAGCCCCACUGCAGCGAAAGACGACGACCGGGGCCCCGUGGAAGGAACAAAAGGCCCAGGAACGAUGACGAGUUACAGACUCCCCAUCAGAAAGCAACAAGUCUACAGGCUCAAGUUAAAGGUGAAAGGCUUGAGUCUGACUCCCCUCCUUCCUGCACUCACAUUAACAGCAGGCAUAGUCCUGGAAAAUCAGACGAUCCAGUUACCCAAAAAAGGUCUCUGAAAGAGGAGCAGGCCUGUGGAAACUGUGUCUCAUGUGUGAGAGAUACACCCGGGCCAAAAACAGACGGACAACCAGAACAGGAAGGAGAAGACAACACUGGUCGAGACAGAGAGAGGAAAGAAGAGGAGGGGCCAGUGGCAGAGGAAGAAGAGGAGGAAGCACUAAACCUCAAGACCACUGGAGAGAAUGGGAGUCCUCUAGAGAAUCGCUAUUAUGAACCUAAUGAGGCAGGGUAUGAGGCUGCUGACAUGUCACUGCCAGGAGAGUAUGAGGAGAACGGCCAGGCCAUGUUGUGGUCUGACCCGGAGGGUCUCGCCAGGCGGAUGCAGAUCGACCGGCUGGACAUCAACGUACAGAUCGACGAGUCCUACUGCGUGGAUGUGGGCGAGGGUUUGAAACGCUGGAAGUGCCGCAUGUGUGAGAAGUCGUACACAUCCAAAUACAACCUUGUGACUCAUAUCCUGGGCCAUAAUGGAAUAAAGCCUCAUGAAUGUCUACACUGUGGAAAGCUAUUCAAGCAGCCGAGCCAUCUCCAGACCCACCUGCUCACCCACCAGGGAACCAGGCCGCACAAGUGCACUGUUUGUGAGAAAGCCUUUACGCAGACCAGUCACCUGAAGAGGCACAUGCUGCAGCAUUCAGACGUGAAGCCCUACAGCUGUCGUUUCUGCGGCCGAGGCUUUGCCUACCCCAGUGAGCUGCGGACGCAUGAGAACAAACACGAGAACGGUCAGUGCCAUGUCUGCACACAGUGUGGUCUGGAGUUCCCAACCUACGCACACCUGAAACGGCACCUUACCAGCCACCAGGGCCCCACCACGUACCAGUGCACAGAGUGCCAUAAGUCCUUCGCCUACCGCAGCCAGCUGCAGAACCACCUGAUGAAGCACCAAAACGUGCGGCCAUACGUUUGCCCCGAGUGUGGCAUGGAAUUCGUCCAGGUCCACCAUCUCCGACAACAUGCUCUAACUCACAAGGGUAUGAAGGAAUUCAAGUGUGACGUCUGUGCCAGGGAGUUCACGCUGUCUGCCAACCUGAAGAGACACAUGUUAAUCCACGCCAGUGUGAGGCCCUUCCAGUGCCAUGUCUGCUUCAAGACCUUUGUCCAGAAGCAAACCCUUAAAACGCAUAUGAUUGUCCAUCUGCCGGUCAAGCCUUUCAAAUGCAAGGUGUGCGGAAAGUCGUUCAACAGAAUGUACAACCUCCUCGGACACAUGCAUCUCCACGCCGGCAGCAAGCCCUUCAAGUGCCCUUACUGCACCAGCAAGUUCAACCUGAAGGGCAACCUCAGUCGACACAUGAAGGUCAAACACGGAAUAAUGGACACCUCCAUAGACGGGCAAGAAGCCCCCCAAGACACAGAGGGACAAGAGGACUACGAAGAGGAGAGCUUUGAAUUCAGCGAGCGAGAGAACCGCGCCAACAACAACAACACGCCAGACAUUGCUAAACUAACUCAAAUGGAAUAUUACAGCACCUAUGGGAAGGGUGCAGGGCGUUUCAGCACGGCAUGAAUUAUUAAAGUGAACACAAACUGAACAGACGUGUGAACUAAUGAACAUUUUCUUCAUUUUUUUCUGUUUUUGUAAUUUUGCUGUUAAAAGGCAUUGUGCUUUUGUUGUUCUUCAUGGGCACGAAAGGAGCCCAGCAAACCGCACAUCCAUAUGCACUGGAAUAGCUUGUAACGCUACCAAAAUUUGAAAAAUGUAUACUUUUUACCUGCACAUUUUUUUCAUCUCGAAAAAGACUCUGCAAAUCUACUGACUACAAAGAUUAUAUUUGAGCAAAUGUGGGACUUAAAAUAGAAAAGGAAAAUCUAUAUAAAUACAUAUAUGUUGUUAGUUGCUUAUAUACCAGAACGUCAUCUGAGCCUAAAUUGGACAAGCACAUUUUUUUUUUUUUUUAGCUAUAGAAUGUUAUUAUAGUGCACUUAACUCAUUCAGACUGCGGGUGUGAUCUAAAAUGUGACGAUUUCAGCGAGUCACUCCCGUUUUCGCCUGCCAAAGCUUUUCAAGUCCUCAGCCGAGGCUGACGGGCUUACUUUGAUUUAUAUACUGUAGCGGGUCUGAGAAACGACCUGGACUCCAUUGGAUUUGUCAAUCCGUGUCCUUUACUGUAUAUUAAUGUAAAGAAUGUAUCAGUCCUCUUGUGCGUCGGCUGGUACUGCGAUUCAGGACCACUGUGUCUACCUUUCUAGGUUUCUGCUUUGAACGCAAAGCAUCACCCUGUAUCGAUCUCUAGUCUAAUGAAUGUAUUUGUUUCUGUGGAAUGUUUUAAGAUACUAAAGAAAAGAAAAUUGAAACACUUUGCCCCAUUUUUAUUUUGGGUUAUUAAUGGUCAAAUCCCUUAUUCACCAAAGAAUUGGAUCAAAUGUAGCAGCUCCAGGAAACGUCAGUCUCCUCCUCGAUGCUGUGUAGAGCUGGGACAUUGGAUUUCUUGGCGCCCGGUUGAAGAACUCGUGAAAUUACAUUCAGGUUUUCCCCCUCCCACUCAUCUGUAGAUCUCUUUAAAAGAUUACAACCAAGAGAGGAACUAUAUGGUACAGCUCUCUCAAUCGACGCCCCCUUGCCAUCCCCCCCCCCCCCCCAACCCCAACCCCUGCAUCCAGGCCUUUACGAGACAAGACUGCAGCAUUCACAUUGUAGCUUCUUUUUUUCCCCCCCUUCUUCUUCUCAACGGACGACUCUCAGCGAGAAUUGUCCCAAAAAACAGAAAUAUUAAGUGCCCGAUGUGUCUGCGAGAACGUGCCAUCCAUCACGCUGUACACUGGUCUCAAGUGAUGGACGACAACCUCCCAACAUGUGACAGGGCCACGGACCUCGCGGAAAAUGAUUUUGGGGGGGAAAUGCCCAAAUCUAUUCAGCUUCCCCAGCGCUUAGCUUUUUCCAAAACUUGUAAAAGUGCAAACAAGGUAUCCAUCAUUUACGGUGUUGAUAUAAAACACAUUUAAAUAAAAAAAAAGAAAGAAGAAAUGCUAAUUUUUGUUAAGGGGGGAAAAAAGAGUUCCGGCUUGUAUGACUUUCUGUAUUUAGACAUUAGUGUGGAGAUACUGUGGAUAGAAUUGUACGUACAAUGUUGUGUACCAGACAAUACUGUAAAAUAAUACAUUUAUUUACCGUUAACAAA